CUCCAACAUUCCUCUUACAGGCAUUCACUCAUUUCUUGGCUGUUCAUUCCAUCCGGAAUAUCCUUUAUUGAACUGAAAUCUUAUAAAGGUGAUCAUUUGAAGGCUCAAAGAGUGUCUCAGAGAAUAUUCAAUUUCCGAAGAAUUGUAUAUACGAACUGAACAGCUCUCGGAAUAGGAUAUAUCUAAGUAAGGAAUAACUGUGCAAUCGUUCGAUUAUUUGAGCUAUAACUACUUUGACUCUUUUGUGGUUUUUCGCAUAAGGAAUUUAUACGGCAAUAUCUUUACUGAAGCAUAUGAGGAAGCUUUAUAAGCUCGUUCAAUUUGGUUUUUAGAAGCAAUCUUAUCUUCAAUUGGAGUUUUUUUGGGACAAAUCUAAUAAAAAUUAAGAAAAACAGUCGGAUUCUGUAUAAAGAGUUCAUACUAAACUUUAUUCAACGCUGUUUACUUUUACCAGAUUCCUGUUCAUGAAAGGAUUAAGAAAUAAGUUUGUGAAAGCAUUAUCGUUUAAAGAUGAAGCCCGGUCAGAUAAGGAUGUUAAUGAUCCCAAAAAAGACCAAUCCAAAAAUGCUGACCCCAAGGAAAAUCAAUCGUCAUCAAAACUAAAACGCAGUCGUUCAAGGAAGGAGUUGAAAAAAUCGAAAAGUACAAAUGUAUUGUCAAAAGCUAAUAAAACUUUUUUGAGCAGAGAAGCUGUUGAUGAAAAAACGGAAGGUGGAAAUAACGAUAAAGAAGAUACGAUUAAUACGAAGUCAAAAACCAAUUCGAAUCAAUCCGACAAAGACGUCCAAAGAUUGGGUUCGUUAAAACCGGCUUCCGUAUCGCUUCCUGAUCUAAAUUUGGCUACUGAUAUACGUGAUACUUCCGAUCAACCAAGCUCGGGUUCGUAUAUGUCUUUGCGUCAAACUCCUUAUUUAUCUCCUACAGCAUCAGCAUCUUCUAAUAAGCUCUUGUCUCCCGUUCCGGAUAAGGAUGUCGAUCUUCCUGACAAUGUACGUCGGUUCUCUUUUCAUCGUCAACAUUCUUCUCAGUUCCAAGUUUCCGAAAAAAGAAAUCUUACCAGACUUCCCUCCUUUGAUGAAGUCCAUCCAUCAGAGUGUGAACAGUUAUUUAUUAAAAAAUUGGAUCAAUGUAAUGUAAUAUUUGAUUUUAAUGAUCCUUCAUCCGACCUAGAAAGCAAAGACAUAAAAAGUGAAGCUCUGGCUCAGAUGAUCGAUCUGGUUACGUUUAAUAGAGGAGCAGUUAAUACUUGUUUGUUCUCACAUAUUUUGCACACUUUUUCUGUCAAUUUGUUUCGUCCCAUACCUUCUUUUGCUUAUAAUGACUAUAGAGAUGUUUUAGUAUCCUUAGAAGAAGAGCCAUACCUGGAGCCGGCUUGGCCCCAUAUGCAACAAGUUUAUUUACUGUUUAUUCGUUUUCUUGAGUCACCCGACUUCAAAGUUACCAAAUCUAAAUCUUUGGUCGAUCGCUGCUUUUUUAAUAAUUUAUUAAUGUUAUUUAAUUCUGAGGAUCCUAGAGAGCGUGACCUUCUGAAAACCGCCUUACAUCGCAUAUAUGGAAAGUUUUUGAAUCUACGCUCACAUAUAAGAAAGGCUAUGAGCAAUGUCUUUUUGCAAUUCACGUUUGAAAAAGAAGCAUUUCAUGGUAUAGCUGAAUUAUUAGAAAUUCUUGGAAGUAUUAUAAAUGGGUUUGCUGUGCCAUUAAAGGAGGAACACAAAACCUUCCUAACAAAAGUACUCAUUCCUUUGCAUCAAACCAAAUCCUUAUUUUUAUAUCAUCCACAGUUGACAUACUGUAUUGUACAGUUUAUUGAUAAAGAACCGUCCUUGACAAAGUUGGUCGUGACCGGUAUUUUGAAGUACUGGCCUCGUGUAAAUAGUUUCAAGGAAGUCAUGUUUUUGAAUGAAUUAGAAGAUAUUUUUGAGGUCUUAGAGCCUUCGGAGUUCGUUCAUAUUCAAGUCCCUCUUUUUCAACAGCUUUCGCGCUCUAUUGCCAGUCCGCACUUUCAAGUUGCAGAACGUGCUCUAUGCUUUUGGAGUAAUGAGUACUUCACGAGUUUGGUACUUGAAAACUUGGAUACGAUUUUGCCAAUUAUUUAUCCUUAUGUGUACAGUACUACUAAAGACCAUUGGAAUAUAACUAUACAAGCAAUUGCGUGUAAUGUUAUGCAGAUAUUUGUUGAUAUGAACCUUGAGUACUUCAACAUUGUCGCUGAACGCUGUCACAAUGAAUUCGCACUAGAGAAAGCGAAGCGCCAAAAUUCUAAUUUAAGAUGGGCUGCACUUGAAGAGCUUGCUGCGAGGAAUAAACCAACGGAAUAAUAUAGACUUUGAAUUUCAGUUGGUACAGAAGCUCGAUACCACAAAAUAAGGUAGAACCCUUAUGAGGAAUAGGCGCCUUGUAAUUUGACAUAUUUAAAUAUAAGUAAUCGCAAUAACCAGAAAUGGUGUAAUUUACUUGUGAUUCUAACUGCUAAAGGUUAUUAAAAAUGCAUUUAAACGGUAAUAGACUCUAUGAAAAAGGAUUAUAGAUUAUAUUGAAUCGGGUAUCUUAACAAAUUUCAAUUCUAAAAGGUACUAAGAUGAUUACUUAUUUCUCUUGUAAAUCUUACCCAAAAAGGUUAAGAAGACAGACUUCUUUAAACCACCAGACUCGUUAACAGACUCAAUACGUUUCUUAAUUUCAGAAACUUCAGACUCUUCGUAGUUUGCAAAUUCAUCACGAAUUUUAAGUUCCUCAAAGACAGUCUUGACUUGAGCCUCACACUCGUGGUUUUUUACACCGUAAUUCUUAUCAAGGAUCGCACGUUGCUCGGGGGAUGCCUUGGCAAGAGCGACAUUGAUUAACCAGGAGCAUUUGUUAUCCAAGAUAUCAGUACCGACCUUGCCGGUGAUGUUGGGAUCACCGUAGCAAUCAAGGUAAUCAUCUUGAACUUGGAAAUAUUUUCCAAGGGGAAGAAGGAUAUCACUUGCAAUUUGCAAGUUUUCUUUAGAUGCGAUACCAGCAAGGUACAUAGCUAAGGCAACGGGAAGGUAAAAGGAAUAGAAAGCGGUCUUAUAGAUUACAAUAAAAGAAUGCUUCUCAAGAGAAAAUUUGGAAAGAUCAACAUGGUCUUCGGGUGCGGUAAGAAGAUCGAGUUGUUGACCCAGUUCAGUUUGGAAGGUGACAUCGUGGAAAAGUUCAAGAAGGUCAACGUAAUAAGGAUCCUGACGGAAAUACUUCUUGAUAAGGAAGUAAAUAGCAGAUUCAAGCAUGAAAGCAUCAUUGAUGGCAAUAUUUCCAACAUUAGGCAUCAAAUACCAACAGGGUUGGCCACGUCUAGUUUGGGAAGCAUCCAUCAUAUCAUCAGCGACGAGGAAAAAGGCUUGGAGUAGCUCGAUAGACCAUCCUAGAACAGAUGCCUUCUUAUAAGCUUCCUCGUCAAGAGGCUUACCAAGCAAAAUUUCAUAUGUAUCGAUGACGGACAAUCCACGAUUGUACUUUCCUCCAAGGGUAUUAUGGUAAAGAUUCUAGAAUCGCGUUAGCCGCUACAGGUUUAACUUAUAAUAGACCAUCGCAGACGCAGAUUUGAAAGAAUGAACACUCAUCGCGGUAAAGUUAUUCAAAUUAACGAGUGGUCUGUUAUGCCGAUGACCUGACAAUGCGCUUGAUCAAGUAAAAGCGAUGUGUCACAAUCAAAAUAAACGGGAAAAUAAAUGCGCAAAGGAUAGAAAUACAUACCUUUUCGUACCAUUGAGCAACGUCCUUGGGAAUAUUGAUGGACUUUAAGUAGCCCAUAAUAUCAUUGACGAAGUCCGGAUAGAUGGACUCAAACUUUUGUCGUUUGUCAACAGCAGUAUUCUAUAAACAUGUUAGUUUUCCGUAGCAUAUAAAAAUGUAUAAACCACGUUGAAAAUAAGAAAAGAUGAACUGGGACUCG